AAAAGAGCCUAGCACACGAACUCCCAAAACAUUCGUGCGGUAUUGGGCUAUUCGCUAUUCCCUUUUGCCACGCAUCUCACCCUGAUCUUUUGAUUCUCUUUCAAAUCGGAGUUUAUUUGAUCGGGCGUCACUCAGGAAUGGAUAUGACAAGGAGAGUGACUAGAAACCAGAAUGAUGAUGAUGCAUCUAACAGCAAGACCAUCAAGACUGAUGAUGUGGGAUUUUGGUCAUACCUCAAUCAUGACAUGCUUUUAUUAGUUAUGAUGCAACUAGGGGUCAUCGAUUUUGUUGCUUUUAGUGGUGUCUGCAAGUCAUGGAGAUCAGUAGCAUUUAGUAACAGGAAAAGGUUUAUGGCAUCCAAACCACCAAUGCUGAUGUGGAUCCCUCCCCGUAGUAUUAAUAAGGAUAGGAAAUACUGCCUAGAGGACCAUGAACGAAGAAAGUUCAAAACCACACUAACGCAUUCUGCUGGAAUGUACUGUUGUGGAUUUACUUGUGGUUACUUGAUCUUGUUCAGAAUAAAAACCAAGGACUUCCGGCUUGUGCAUCCAAUCACGAGACAUGAACUUUUUUUCCCUCCUGCCCCUUGGAAGUCUGAUUAUGUAUCAGGCGUCACUUCUGUCUUUGUCUUUUCGCCUUCAAUAUCUAAAUUUGUGUUUGUUGUGUUAGCCACGAAGCAAAUAUGGUUUUCUAUAGAGGACGAGGGAGCAUGGAAUUGUGUUUCCUCCACUUUCGACUUCACCUCAUAUAUGGAUUUACAUGUUUUUAACGGGAAGAUAUAUACUUUAAACUAUAAGAAUUAUCAUUUAUGUGAACUCACACUCAAUCCUGAGCUCAGAGUGACAGUGACAUUACUGGAAACCAACAAUCAUCUGGUUGAUCUGAACUUAUUUUCCCUGCAACUUGUAAGUUGUGGUGAAAACCUUUACAUGAUUUUCAUGGAAGGAUUAUUCAGAGAUGAGAUCAAUGUAUAUAAACUAGACUUUGGUGAAAUGGAAUGGGUGCCUUUUCAAGAUACAGGAGAGGAACAUGGUUUCUUUAUCAGCCAAGCGGGUCAUAGUGCUGCUGUUAAACCAGAGUUGUGGGCUGAACCUUGGUCACAGUACCCGAGAUAUGAUGUUACGAAUGGAGGUGGACAUGGCAGGUUUUUUCCUGCAGAUGAGGGGUGGUAUUUCCCACAUGAUUGUUUGAAUGUUAAUCUCUUAGAUGAGUCAUCAUGACAUGUUAUCACUCUUAUUAUUUAUUUUUUUUGCAUUUGUUGAGAACCAUCGAUGGUGAAUUUGGAUUUUGCGAUUUACGUUUUUGUUUUAAUCCUCGUCCUUUGCUUUGAAA